AUGAAGUCAGUCAGCCAGGCUGACGUGAUAAGGUUUUUGAAGCGCAAGAUAAUAUACUGCUUCAACUUCGGCCUGCCUGAGACCCUCACUUACUAUAAUGGGUCAGUUUUCUCUAGGGGGGAAGUGUCUCAGUUUCUACAGGAGUAUGGCAUGACCGUUACCGUCUUGACGCCUUACUAUGCACAAGGUAAUGAUCUGGCCGAGGCAAGUAACAAAGUUAUCAAGGCAAAUUUGUUUAAGGUCAUCGAUGACAACCCAAGGUCUUGGGUGGAGAUGCUAUCAGAAGUUCCUUGGGCUUUCAAGACCUCAAAGAGGACAGCGACAUGGACAACCCCCUAUGUGCUAACCUUCGGUCAUGAUGCCAUUUUACCUAUGGAAGUGAUCGUAAAGUCCCUACGGGUGGCAAGGCAAUGCGAGAUGACCCCCAACCAAUAUAAAGACUCUAUGAUGGCUGAACUUGAUGAUUUGGACGAAGAGCGUUUGUUGGCCCUCGACUGGGUUAAGGCUCAAAAGGUCAAAGUGGCUAAGGCCUAUAACAAAAUGGUUAGGCCUAAGGUGUUUGCUGAGUCAGAUUUGGUUUUGAAAGCUGUGUUACCAAUUGGGCACAAGGAUCCCAAAUUUGGGAAGUGGUCGCCUACCCGGGAGGGACCGUUUGUUGUGCAUCAGGUCUUGAAGGGUGGGGUGUAUCGUGAGGUGGUGCCAAGUGUAGCUAAGACCAUUGAGUGGCAAGUAUUUAAAAAAGUACCACCCAACAAUGUGGGAGGUGACAAAAUGAUCCAAGGCCGAAAGCCGGCCAUAAAAUGA